AUGCAGGUGCAGUCGGUUCCCCUCGGCUCGGUCACCAUCGGCCCGCUGGCUUGGCGCGAUGGGACGGUUCGCUCCAUCCGGCGUGCGGAGCGUCUGGUGCGGGAGACUCGCGUCCGGACCCGGGGCAGCAGCGCCGGCUUCACCCCGAAGCGCACAGCGGAAACAACCAGUGGAGAUAAGAUCACAGAGGAGGAAGGAGGAGGAGAGAGUCGUGACUGCAAAUGCAAGACGUCCAGGCCCCAAACUACAGGAGGCAUGUUCCCCAGCUCCUCCCUGAGGGCGUGUGUUGCCCCGUUCCCGCCGACCAGCUUGCGUGAGCAGUGCGCCCGGGCCAGCGGUGCCGUGGCCGGUGAGUACAUGCGCAGGGUGCGGGAGGUGGAGGCCCACCUGAGAAGGCAGGCCGGCAGGGUCACCCAGGAGGGCGUGAAGCUGGAGCGGGAGAGGGGUCACCUGGAGAGGAUGCUACGCAGCAUCAGCACCAAUCUGACCGUCAACAGGAAGAGCUCGGAGGGGAGGAAGAGGAGACCAGCCACUGCUGAGACGGAGAGAGACGGUGCCGAUUACUUGCUGCUGUGUGAGAGAAGAGAGCUGGUGGAGCUGAAACAAGAUCUGGAGGCAGCGCUGAGAAAUGCACUGACCCAGCUACAGGCUCUGGGGCAGAGCAGCAGACGGCUGCUGGCCUGUGCCGCUGAGAGAGCUCGUGUCCUGGAGCUGCUGCCUCCCAGCAGCUCGGCUGCAGGACGCAUCAGCACAGCUCAGACCGUCACCAAAGCAGACCCCCUCAGCCCCUUUACACCUGAGUGUGAAGAAGUUCUAGAGUUUUCCACUGUGACAGUCAACCAGUCACAGCUACUGAGGGAAACCAUCAGACAGAUGCUCACCAGCGCCAUCGCCAGGCAGAAAGCUGCUCACUGCACCGUCAACGAUGGCCUAGUGAAGAAAAUUGCAGAGACAGUCAGUCUGCAGCAAAACCUGACUCUGAUGCAUGCAGCCACCAGGCAGGCCGUGUCCCGCAAGCAGAGGGAAAUCAACCGUCUCCGUCACAGCCACGGCAGAGCACAGGGUCCAGAGUACAGCGGGGACACACUGUCCAGAGAGAAACUCAACAGGCCUCUGGUGCAGGUCUAUCAGAGACACCCGGGGACUCAGUUACCUGAGGCUGCACAUCUCAUACAGGGCAGUGCAGUGCUCAGACAGUGCCUCAGGUCCUCUGAGGGUGAGCUGGUGAAGCUGCAAGGCGCCUGUUCACAGCUGCUGGACGACCUGCGAGGCAAGAGAGCAGCAGCUCAGGUGGACGCAGGCGUGAUUCGCAUGAGGCGUCAGCAGGUGGACAAGCGAGCCAUACCUGCUCUCCUCCAGCAGGGGGCAUCCAGAGGCCGAGUCCCCUCCUCCUAUUGUAACGCUGUGGCUCUGUCCUGCUCAGUCGUGGAGUCAUGGGACUGCAGGUCACCUGACAGCCCUCCCACCAAACUCAACGUCUUCCAUUAA